CGACUCGUCGCCAUUAAUAUAAGAUCGUCCUUACGGGGCUCCUUUUUGGGUGAUAAUCCAUUCGAUUUACCGUUCUCCAAUAUUUGGAGAGCGGCUAACUCCUUGCAGGGGCUCGGUUUUCCUCUUUAGAAGGAAAAGCUCAGAUUCUCCGGGGUCGCGGCCCCGCAGUUUGAGCUGCCGUUCACUCCGUCUCCAGCGCCUCCGUUACCCACUUUAUCUUGAGACGCCUGAUCUGUGUCUCUUUUUCUCGGGUUUGUUUUGUUGUCAAGAUGUCGCCGUAAUGGAGUCUCCGCGUAUGACAGAAAUGAGCCAGGGCCUUUGCCGCCUGACCCGCACUCGCAGCAACCCGUUCUCCUCUUCCCCUUCUUCCCUGUUUAAUGCUAGGGAGCUCGGACUUUCUCUCCCCGGAGCUCGGCCUAAGAAAUCCGCAAAGCAGGAUCACCACGACCAUGGAGAAAAACCCAAACAACAACGCCAGCAACAAAGUUCCGCCCCGCUCAGGUUCGACCGGCCCACCCACUGGCGAUUCUAAACCCAAAACAGAUGGUAAAAAUGGUGGAGGAUCCAAGCGUUAUGGCCGCAAGCGUGAGCCUUCCUUCCCCAAGACAGACAGCUUCCCUGGCCCCCGCCGCCCCAAUCCACAGAAAAGCAAGAAUUUUGACAAGAGACCCCCCCAGAGAGGAGGAGGAGGAGGAGGAGGAGGAGGAGGAGGAGGAGGAAGGCAGUAUGGAGGCGUGGGUGGAGGUAGAAGAGAAGAGGUAGCCGAGGCCCGCCGGGCAGAGUUCAGCCCGGCUCAGUUCUCUGGACCCAAGAAGAUCAGCCUCAACCACCUGCUGAACUUCACCUUUGAGCCCCGUGGCCAUGGGGCCCCUGGAGGCGAGGGGCACACCUGCUGGGGCCGCCGCAACAAGUGGGGCCACAAGCACAAGCCCUUCAACAAGGAGCUCUUCCUGCAAGCCAACUGCCAGUUUGUUGUGACAGAGGAUCAGGACUACAAAGCCCACUUCACUGACCCGGACACACUGGUCAGCUGGGACUGUGUGCAGCAAGUGCGAAUCUACAGCCACGAGGUGCCAUCAUGCCCCAUCUGCCUGUACCCGCCGGUGGCCGCCCACAUCACCCGCUGCGGCCACAUCUUCUGCUGGCCGUGCAUGCUGCACUACCUCUCCCUCAGCGACAAGAGCUGGUCCAAGUGCCCCAUCUGCUACGAGGCCGUGCACGGUCACGACCUCAAGAGUGUGGUCGCCAUGGAGACCCGACAGUACCUGGUCGGUGACCUCAUCACCAUGCGCCUGAUGAGAAGGGAGAAAGGUGUCCUGGUGGCGCUGCCCAGCUCGCAGUGGGUAAAGGUGGAGGAGCCCAUUCAUCUGGGAGAUGCGCGUCUCAGCCCAUACUCCAAGCUGCUGCUGGCCUCCAGGGAGCAGGUGCUGGGGCUGCUGGGAGAGGAGAGAGCAGCCCUGCAGGUCCAGCUCAGCCAGGAGGAUCAGGACGCCCAGGCCUGCUUCAUCCAGGCCGCCCUGCACCAGCUGCAGGAGCGAGAGGAGGCCCUGAUGAAGAGCGGCUCGCAGGAGGCGGACAGCGUCAGCCUGACGAGUCUGACCCUCGCUGACCCCCCCAGCCCUGGGCCAGGUGCCGUGUCUACACCCAGCAGUAAGAAGCCCAUGAUUCAGUAUUCCUCUGCGUUUGACGACGAGGUGCUGGACGUCCCGGAUGAGGAGUGCGAGGAGGCCCCAGCGGCCCCCGCAGACCCCAGCCCCGCCCCUGAUCCCCCGCCCACUGAGGAGCCGCCCCCGAGCCAGUGUGAAAGAGAGCGCCCCCAAAACACAGAGAAUGGCCCUUACUACUACUUCUACCAGGCCGAGGACGGGCAGCAGAUGUUCCUGCACCCGGUGAACGUGCGCUGCCUCCUGCGGGAGUACGGCAGCCUGGAGGCCAGCCCCGCCUCCAUCACCGCCACCGUGGUGGAGCUGGACGGCCACACCGUCACCGAGGAGAUCCGUCGCCGUCACCGCUACCUGUCCCACCUGCCGCUCACCUGUGAGUUCAGCAUCUGUGAGCUGGCUCUGCAGCCGCCUCUGCUGUCCAAAGAGACUCUGGACACCUUUGCAGAUGACCUGGAGAAGCGCAGGCGUCUGCGGCAGAAGAAGGCGAGGGAUGAGAAGCGCAGGGAGAGGCGCAUUGAGAUGGAGGAGAAUAAGAAGCAGGGGAAAUACCCAGAGGUGCAUAUUGGGCUGGAGAACCUGCAGCAGUUUCCUGCUUUCGGAUCACCCCCUCAGGACCGCAGCCCCCCUGCGUACCCCGAAUUCUUCCUGGGGCCCCCUUCUCCCCUCAGCUGCAGCCCAGCUUCUGAUGGCGUGAUGUUCCCCUGUCUGAACGGGCAGAGUCCAGCCCCCAGCAUCGGGAGUGUGGAGGAAGACUCCCACUGCCUCUCCUUCGCCCAGAUGCUGCGAGAUGGCAAAGCCAGGGCUGAUGCUGGACCUAAGGUCACCCCAAAGAAGGAUACUUUCCUGGCGCCCCCGCCCGCAGACAGCGAUGGGGAGAGUGACGGGUCUGACCGGGUCCCUGUGCCGAGCUUCCAGAACUCCUUCAGCCAGGCCUUUGAGGAAGCUCUCCUGCAGCUGGACCACAGCCCGCCGGUCCCAGCCCAGCCAAUCCUCGUCCAGGAGGAGAAAGGGGGGAAGAAGAAGAAGAAGAAGCAGAAGCUCCUAUUCAGCACCUCCAUGGUUCACACUAAAUAGAGACGACACUGAAGUUAACAACCCGCCCUCCCCCCACCCUGCCUGUCCCAGUCCAUACUUCUCCAUCGCCCAGCCCCAGACCC